AUGGCUCCCAACACCGUCUCGUUGAAUGUCCCCUACAUCAAGGCCACCCACAAGAAGCCUUACCCAGCCAUCUCGCCCCUCCGACCCGAGCUCAGCCAGGCGGGCAGAACCGUGGUUGUUGUCGGGGGCUCGGCCGGGAUUGGCUUUGCCAUCGCCAGGGCCUUCGUUCAAGCUUCAGCGUCGCAUGUCAUCCUCACAGGCCGGCGCGAGACUGCCCUCGCCACUGCCGUGUCUGAGCUCCAAGCCGAGGCCAACCCCAAAACCACGGUCAGCAGUUUCGUGUCCGACAUGUCCGACCUGCAAGCCACCGAAAAGCUGUGGGAUGACUUUGCCAAGCAAGGGAUUGUCGUCAACGUCCUCGUCCUCAACGCCAUGACCGUCACCGAGGGAGGGCCGCUGCUGCAGACCAACCUGGGCCCCACUUGGAAGUCAUUCGAGACCAACGUCCGCGGAUUGCUGGACUACUCCCAGCGAUUCAGCAAGCAGGGUGGAAAGGAGGGAAAGUUCCUCGUCAAUGUCUCGACCAGCGCCAUUCACAACUUCAUCACGGAGCGCAACGGCCUUCCCAUCUAUGGCUUGACCAAGAACUCGGGCACGCUGUUGAUGCAGCUAAUUGCUGAUGACACCGACCCCAAGGAUAUGCAGGUCAUCAACUUCCAUCCGGGCGGUGUUUUGACCCCGGCAGCUCGGAGCGUGGGCUUCGACGAGUCGUCGUACGACUUUGAUGAUGAGAACCUCGCCGGCCAGUUUGCUGUGUAUUGUGCGAGCGAGGAAGCCCGGUUCCUGCAUGGUCGGUUCAUCCCGGUCUGGUGGGAUAUCGAAGAGGUGAAGAAGGGCGAGGUGCGUGAGAGAAUGGAGGCGGAUUACCAUUUCUUGCGGGUCGGCGUGGUUGGUCUUUAG